AUGCGGUGGACAUUGGACUUGAAGUUGGCCCGAGUAUCGUGCAAUCUGUGUGGAACAGACUACCAGGUUGAACACCGAAUAUAUCACGGAAACGAAACGGGUAUUGUUCUGACAAGGUGGUUUAACUUGGGCCCUGGCUUCAGCCCAGAGGACAACCGAUGGAAAGUCCUCUGUACGGCAUCGAAUGAUGCCGUCCUGGACCCAGUUGAACGGCUGGAAAGCCCGAGAAGAAGUUGGGAGAACGGAGCGGCCUCACUCCAGUCACUGGAUGAGCUGAAGAAAAAGAACGUGGCCUUGCUCAAAGACCAUCAAUUUAUGAAGGUCAUGCGAAAGAGUUCUGUGGCCGAGGGGAUCUGGGAAAUCCCAUCGAAGCUUCACCGCGGCAAGUGGGAACCUGCUUCCAUAUGGAAAGCAAGACUGAAUCAAUGGAAAAGAUCUCCAUUGAGAUCUCCAAUUGGCGGUCAGUCUAGUCUUGAGGCCACGAGUGGCGAGGGCGACGAUGUCACCUCAUGA